AUGACGUUCGAGAUCAUCCAUGAUGACCAAGUGCUGCAAGGGAGUGAGAUAUGGGGACCAUUUGCAGAUGAGGAUGAAUGGCACCUGGCGAAAUGGCUCAUCAAGAAUGUCGGCCAUAACCAGGCCGAGGAAUUCCUGAAGCUGAAUGUGCUUCCAGAAGGUAUCAAUUGGCAAUGUGAAGCAAUGACACUUACUGGUGACAUCACCAACGACGAGGGUGAACCACAGACAGAAGAUGUUGAGUUAUGGUUCCGAGACCCUGUGGAAUGCAUUAGGGAGCUCAUCGGGAACCUGUGCUUCAAAGACAACUUGGUUUAUGCACCCGAACACAGCUAUACUGGACCAGAGGGUAGAUCACAAGUCAUCAAUGAGAUGUGGACAGUGGACUGGUGGUGGAAUAUGCAAGAAUGUGUUCCUAUUGGGUCAACAAUUGCUCCUGUAAUUUUAUCAUCGGACAAGACUCAGCUCUCACAGUUUCGUGGCGACAAGUCUGCGUGGCCAGUGUACCUUACGAUUGGGAAUAUCUCAAAAGAUGUGUGGCGACAAGUUUUGUCAUAUGCCACAGUCUUGCUUGGUUACCUUCCUGUUGGCCAUUUCGAUUGUUUUUUAGAUAAAGCCAGACCACUCGCCAAGUACCGCCUAUUUCAUGCAUGCCUGACACGAAUGUUGGCAACUAUGGCCAGUGUAGGUCGAGUUGGUGAAGAUAUGACCUGUGGAGAUGGUGCUGUUCGUCAUUUCUGGCCUAUACUUGCUGCCUACAUAGCUGAUUAUCCUGAGCAGUGCUUGGUUGCAUGCUGCAUGGAAAAUUGGUGCCCAUUAUGCAAGACACUCAACAUGCUCACUCAGAAUGAACACGCACCUAAUCCAGAGCUGAUGAAGGAGUUCAAAAAUCUCAGCCUUCGAUCCAUAUUUCCUCCAUUUUGGGCCACACUCCUGCACACAGAUAUAUUCCAAGCAUUUACUCCCGAUCUAUUGCAUCAGCUGCACAAGGGGGUAUUCAAAGAUCACCUUGUUCAGUGGACUACACGGAUUAUGGGUGAGAACAAGGUGGAUGCACAUUUUAAAUCAAUGUCGUCACAUCAUGGAUUGAGGCACUUCAAAAACGGCAUCUCGUCAGUAUCACAAUGGAUGGGCAAGGAACAUAAAGAGAUGGAAAAAGUUUUCGUUGGGCUCAUCUCUGGAGGAGUCGACCAACUCACAUAUUUCAUUUAUUAUUCUUCCCUUCAGUCUCACACAGACCACUUGCUACAUGCACUCGCACAUGCUCUUGACGAGUUCCAUGAGCACAAGGCCAUAUUUAUCGAGAUGGGUGGAAGAAAAGCAACUCACUUCAAUAUCCCGAAGAUCCAUUCAAUGCAGCACUAUGUUGAAUUAAUUCAACGGUUCAGCUCUGCAGAUGGGUUCAAUACCGAGUCUCCCGAACAUCUACACAUUGACUAUGUGAAGGAGGCUUACCGUGCCGGAAACAAAAAGGAUUACAUUGCACAGAUGACUGUUUGGCUACAACGUCAAGAAGCUGUUGACAGGUUCAGUAUGUACUUGGACUGGUAUAAAUCUCAUACCGUGGAAACCACAGAAUCGGGGCAGCAAGACAGCAACGAGCAUGGUCUGGAGUUGGAGGUUGAAGGUGAUGAACACGAUGACGAAAUUGUUGUUGAAAAAUCACCAAUAUUUGGCAUAGACGUCGCAUCUAAAGCUGAUGCAGAUUUGUCAGAGCCUAAUGCUGCUUCGUUUUCACUUACUUCAAUGAUCUGUGUUCCUACCACCCAUCCUCCUCAUCUUUGCAGAGUCCCAGCCCACAAGAUUAUCAGUGACCAGCAUGCAUCACUAUUUCUCCAAGCAUUGACCACCUAUAUUCGCACUCUUGGCAUUCUUUAUGUCCCAAAAUCCUUUGACACCUUCAACCUGUUCUCUCGCCUGGCCUUCGAGUUACCUGCCAUUGUCGAAGUCAGUUCACGCAAACUUAAAAACAUUGUUUGUGUCUCGCCACCAAUCACACGUGCAGGUCGAAGACUGGCUCAACCUGCAUGUCUCGAGUUUGCAUUUGUGCAUACCAUGGAACCCAAUGCUUUCACUGAUGGUACAUGUUUAGAAGGUCUUCGUGUUGCUCAAGUAUUAUCAGUCUUCAAGGUUCCAACAUAUUAUCCCGUCAAUGAGCAAUUGCAAGGCCCUCUCGCAUACAUUGAAUGGAUGACACCUUUGCGAGAACCUGACCACAAUCUUGACAUGUUUGUCAUCUCUCGAUCAACCCACAGGCACCAGCGACAUGGAGAAGUAGUCCCCAUCAGUCAUAUCAUCUGCAGUUGUCACUUGGUGCUGAAGUUUGCUACGGAGAAAAAAUAG